AUGAGAGAUGAGGGAGAGGAGCAGGCCGAGGAGGGAGAGGAGCAGGUCGAGGAGGGAGAGGAGCAGGCCGAGGAGGGAGAGGAGCAGGCCGAGGAGGGAGAGAAGCAGGCCGAGGAGGGAGAGAAGGAGGGCGAGGAGGGAGAGGAGCAGGCCGAGGAGGGAGAGAAGCAGGCCGAGGAGGGAGAGGAGCAGGCCGAGGAGGGAGAGGAGCAGGCCGAGGAGGGAGAGGAGCAGGCCGAGGAGGGAGAGGAGCAGGCCGAGGAGGGAGAGAAGGAGGGCGAGCAAGACAACGCAUUUCCAUUACAGAUGAACUAA